CCAACAUGAAAGAACAGCAAAUAACGUCCAACGUGUUCAUAAGGUCACUGAUGACGUCUGUAUGCGAGUCUGCCAUUAUUGUUGAGAAUCAAUAUCGUGUGGAUAUCCAUGUGAUUGGAAAUCGAGCAAAACUUCUACUCAAGUACCUUAGUGAUGAGCAGAAGGAGCUUCAAGCACUAUAUGCACUGCAGGCCCUUGUGGUUAAGCUGGAGCAGCCACCAAAUUUGCUACGCAUGUUCUUUGAUGCCUUAUAUGAUGAAGAUGUCAUCAAAGAGGACGCAUUUUAUAAAUGGGAAUCGAGCAAAGAUCAAGCUGAGCAGCAGGGUAAAGGAGUAGCACUAAAAUCUGUCACUGCAUUCUUUACAUGGUUACGGGAAGCUGAAGACGAAUCAGGAUAACAUAAAGAAUCAUUUGUUUGCUUUGGUUUUGUGUUUCAAGAGGACAUUCUGAAAUAAAAGAAAGACUGCAUGAACAGCGAGUGGUCAUUGAGAGUAAUUGAAGAUUGGGCUGCAUCUGAGUGUAAAACAGUACUGCUGGAGGCUGUAAUACAGCCAGGUAUGCAGUUUGAGUGAAAUGGAGGAGUAUUCAAUUUUAUCCUUUUUUAUUAAAAUUAAAGUCCAUGUCUAAUAAAAUAUAAUACAGAGCUAAGGGCAUAAGCCCACUUUAUUUAUCUAGGUUAUAUAGCUAGGUGUAAGCAGUUUGUAGUGUUUUUAUAAGAGGGGCCAAAUUAUGGAGGUGGAAAGCACCAGUGUGGAAAUUGGGAGGAUCCAAUACUCUGUUUUGGCUUCUCCUUUAUUGCUUUUUCCUUGUGUGCUGCAAGAUGUAAACGUACGUAAAUAUACAUAUAUAUAUAUAUGUGUAUAUAUAGUUAAAUAUAUGUAUGUAUUUAUAGAACAUUUGUUGAGUAUAUAGAUACAUAUAUAUAAUAUAUAUUCAUAUAUAUUGACGUAUGUGUGUGCUUGUGUGUUCCAGGAAUUCCCUACUUCCAUUUGCCCUUAACCGUUCAUCGUACAUCUGGGGAUGUGUGAAGUCUUGCCUUCCUCAACUUACUGCCUGAAGUUUGUGUUUUCAUGCAUAAGGGGGAGGUUGUCUCUUUUCCUUCUGUCUCAUCGUGUGUGUGGAUGUAUGUGUGAGGGUGCUGGAAUGAUCCCCCAUCACACACAAGUUUACAAGCUUGAGGCAAUAGAAUGCCUUUCUGCACUUGUGUGUUUUGUUAGGGAGACUCUUCACCCAGGCCCAAGUACCUUCCCGUGUCGAAAGGUUUGCGCAUUGAAGCGUGGAACAAACCUGUAUUUUUGUUUUGUUUUUGUUUUUUUUGAUUUAUUUUAUUUUUUUAAUCAUUAAAACUUGAAAAAUUAAAUUUCAAUCAGAAAGUAAAAUGCAAAGUAACAGUACAGUUCCUAGAAGUUUCUUUUAAUAUAAGGAGCUAUUUUAGGACAGUUCUGUAAAUAUGUUUUUUCUUUUUUCUGAUAUUCUAAUGUAAUGCCAUGAUUCUCCACUGCAUUCAAUUUAUUGGAAUGCAGAAUUAAUGUGCAUAUGCACAUACUUUUAUCGCUCUCCUGUAUUUAUAGAGUUCCCGGACUUGACGCGGUGCUUGUAAUUAUCAGCAGAGAAAGAUUAAAUUGAUUACUGUUAAAGUGAAUUUGUAAAUACUUUUUUGCUUUCUUUAUUAAGUAUUUAAUUAAAAUAAUGGCUCUUUUCACCACAAACUGGAAAUAAAGUCAGUUAAAAAUAAA